ACAUGGAGCACGAGAUGAAAUAUAAGAGCUGUCAUGUGAGGACUGUACUUUACUCCUCUCACAAACUUCAACACAACACCAUGGAGCUGAGUAUCAGUUCUCUGUUGGCUUUGAUUCUCUUCUGGGAUUCUCUGUGUGUCGAAUCUGAAACUGCAGCACACAGAAACUCUCGAGAGUCGCUGCAGACUGUGAUGAGCUCUCAAAUAAAGCGUCUGCAGGUCAGACCGGAAAACUGUGUUCAUAUUCAUCCAGGACAAAAGCUGACGCUCCGGUGCCGAAGUGAAGGAGAUGAAGCAGUGCUGGCGCAGUUUUGGCAGACACCUUUCGGUCUGUUUGACAGCUGUAACCACCAACACAAAGACCCAGUGGACACAUGCAACGGCACUUUGCAGAUUUCAAGAGCCACUUCCAGCCAUGACGGACUCUAUUACUGUGUCCAUCUGGACAAGACGAGUAAAACAAUCGUGCCUUACAGAGUUAACGUAGUCUCUCGUCAGAGGAAGACCAGGGAGGCUGGGGUUCACAGCGACACGGUGUCACAAAGCCUUUUCGCGGCGGCUGUGGCAUCGUCAGUAAUCGUGAGCUUUUUAGUAGCCUUCACACUUGGUGCAUGCAGUAGAUCCUACGUGAUGAAGUGCCUUCAGACAAUAAAGGCCCGCAUGCCUCAUACAAAAGACCACCACGAUCACAUCAACAGACAAACCACCAGAGCACAAACUGACACGGUGUUCUUCCAUAAAAACCAAACCACUGGAGAAGACCAAGCUGUGGACAUUGGUUUUGUUGAUCGGGAACGCAUGGAUGUUGACAACGCAGAUGCUAUCGGAAAUGUUAUAAAUGAGUCUCAGAGUUGUGAAGGGGAAGAACAAACCCCACAGUUGAGAUCAGUUAGUCCACAUCCCAAGAAGAAGAUCCGCGUCAUUAAAGUCUACAACUAUGAUGAAGAAGGGACUCAAUACAGCCAUAUCAAAGACUCAGGGAUGGAGGGAGAAGACGAGGUCAGGCCCAAACUGAGGACGAGGUCACUGACGAGACUCACUGCCAUCAUGAAACAGGCUGAAGCCAUUGACAUCAACCCAGACAGAGAGUCGACUGACGGCCAGACGGUUCAAGCAGACGCUGCUUCCCAUGAGGACAGUGUUUCAGAUUCAGCAGGAGACACUGGAGACUUACAAACAAGCUGAGGCACACAUUUAUUACAUAAUGGAAGACACCACUGAAGUCUAAACCUACCACUUGCUUUAUUAAGUGUACAUUUAAAUUCAGCUAUUGAUGUGUGGUUUAUUAGGAGGACAAUAUUUGGCUGAAAUACAACUAAAUAUUGAGAAAAUCAUCUU